AUGUCAGACAAUGCUAACAAGGCUGCUUGGAUCACCGAGGCCAAAGCAACACCAUUGAAGGUCGACACUGCACCUAUGCCAUCUGCCGGUGCAGAUGAGGUCGUGAUCAAGAACAAGGCUCUCGCUGUCAACCCGGUCGACUGGAAGAUCCAAGACUCCGGCAUGUUCAUCCAGAACUACCCCAAUGUCCUUGGUACCGAUGUUGCCGGCGAGAUCCACGAAGUCGGUUCAAACGUCAAGAACUUCAAGAAGGGCGACAGGGUUCUAUCUCACUGCAUUGGUCUUGGAACCGGCAAGCCUCAAAAUGCUGGCUUCCAGCUCUUCACAGCUUGCCCUGAGAUUCUUACCUCCAAGAUCCCUAAGCAGAUCUCUUGCACUGAAGCUGUCGUCCUGCCUCUUGCCAUCUCGACUGCAUCAGCUGGACUCUACCAGAAAGGCUACCUCGAGCUUCCUUACCCCACUGCCUCGCCCAAAUCAUCAGGAAAGGUCAUCCUCGUCUGGGGCGGCUCCAGCAGUGUCGGUUCAACAGCAAUCCAACUCGCCGUAGCCAGUGGCGUCCAAGUCAUCACCACAGCUUCCAAGCACAACCAUGAAUACUGCUCCAAGCUCGGCGCAGAGGCCGUUAUCGACUACAACAGCUCUUCGGUCGUCGAUGACAUCGUCUCCGCCAUCAAAGACACUGGUGCAGAAUUCGCUGGUGUCUACGACAGUAUUUCCCACCCCGAGACCUUCAAACACUGUUUCGAAGUCUUGCAAAAGGCUGGUGGAAGCAAGAACAUGGCCACUGUUCUUCCUCCUCCCCAGGACAAGCCAUCUGAUCUCAAUGUCCAGGGCGUCUUCGCCAUCACCAUCGCUAACCAGCACAAGGAGGUUGGCGAUGCUGUCUGGCAAAAGUUCGUCCCCGGCGCGAUCCAAAGUGGUGAUCUCAAGUGCUUGCCUGAGCCCUUGGUUGUUGGCCAAGGUUUGGAGAGCGUACAAAAGGGUCUCGACAAGUCGAAGGCUGGUGUUAGUGCCAAGAAGGUUGUCAUUGAGCUUUGA